AUACUUAGAAGCAAGUCUAAAAAAUAAAACGUAAUAGUAAUCAUGUUUUGUUGAUACGCCUUUGCUACGUGUGAGUUGUGGUUUGUGUAAUCUUUAUCUUUCAGGAAUUCAAGUUAAUGAAAUUUGCCAUAUUGUUUCCGUUCCACCUCUAAAGUUUAUGUUUUACAAUGUCUAGUCCGAGAACUGAAAGUUUGCUGAAAGCAGGGCACCCCCCUGCAGUGAAAGCUGGCGGGAUGCGUAUAACGCAACAUAAAACGAGGCGAGAUUCUGGAGGGCUUGCGGAGGAUACCACUGGAAUAACAGUAUCUGGAAGUCCUCCGAAAACCACUACUGUAUCUGGAGCUGUGGUGAGGGGAAAUGCAGAUUUUCCUGCUGAGGCUGUACAAAGUUUCCAUAAAGAAAAACCUCCAGCUGUUCAUUCCAAUAAACCUGCUAUUCAUAUUCAGCAGCCAAGAAAAUAGUUCAAGUUCAAUAUUUUCUACUUGAUAUAUAUUCUAAUUUGAUAAACAUUUUAUUAAUAACAAUGGGUGAUGGUGGAAUAAAAAUGUUUGUUUUUAAAUUGUUUAAUAAAUGUUUUUUACUAUA